AUGGGGAAAUCUCUUAAGAACCAGUCACGGCCUUUCAAAGUGGCAAGGUCCAAGUAUGGUCUUGGGGAGGAUGGACUUGGGGAGGAUGGACUUGGGGAGGGUGGUCUGGGGGAGGUGGAUCGUCGACCUACUCGCAUCCUUGAACACUCCCUCACUUUUUCAGACACAAUCGAUGUCCAAUCUUGCUCCGCCCCCGCUCCUUAUCUUGCCGGCGCUAAAGUCGUCCAGAACUUCACCUGGAACUCCACCACCGUUUAUGGCGUGUACUACGAGUGUAACGAUGGCCUGCAGAUGAUAUCCGGCUACCCUGGCCGGUUGACGCAGUGUGUGGGCGGCCGGUGGACGGGCAUUUUCGACGUCUGUAUUGAAGAAUAUUGUCCACAGCGGGACUGUUGUGUCCUUGCUGCCCUCAACUACACCAACAACAAUGGUACGCAGUACAUGGUGGCUCCCUCUGCUUAUAGGGACAACAAUUCUAUCCCGGUGAUAUGUGACCUGGGCAGCACAGUCCGGGACAAGGAAGGAGGGUGGACGCUGGUACUGAACCACUCCACGGCGGAUAACGUGACCCUUCACAUGACCCAGAGCGGAUAUAUCCAAGGCGGCGGGGUUCCCCAGAGCACCUCUUACUUCAUCGGUCUCUGGGCCCUCACAGCACUCAACUGGGACGGUAGCAAGCAGCGACCUCUAGUUAUGAAGAUCAUGAUGAAGGACAUGAGUGACAAUACCCUGCACGCCACCUACGGCAGACUGGUGGUCAACCCAAACAACUAUACCCUCUCCAGCCUCGGCACCUAUCAUGGCAAUGCAGGUGAUCAUCUGACUGGAAGUGUUGGCAACACGUUUUGUCCUGUUCGUGACCCGAGUAACAUGGACCCCUGUUGGUGGGGUGACCCCUCCACCCCUAACAGUGGCCUCUUGACGGGUGACAAGCCAACCUGGGGAAGCGUCAGCCUAAAGUCCCUGAACGUAUGGGUCCGCUCCCUGGACUGCGAUAAAGGGCUGGCGUGUCCACCUCUCAACACGGCCAUCAACCUGGCGAACGAGUCAUACGUUCCUGUGAGUCGAGCUCCAGGCAUCAGCUUCCAGUACAUCUGCCCUGGGGACCUCAUGAUGACCGGAACAUUAGGCAACAGCAGCAAAUCACCACAAGGACAAGUGAAAUGUCUACCCAACACCGCCAAUAAUCAAACACCAAUUUGGGAUGUUGUGUUCCCAUGUGUCCUGGUGUGUCCGACUGACUAUGUCAUGUCUGUGAAUGGCUCCACCUGCUACAACUUCUCCAGUGACGAAAAGAGUCACACUGAUGCUUUAACAUCGUGUGCAUUAAAGAACUCCACACUUGCUUUCCUCAACAAUCCCCAGGACAUGAAAAGGCUUCCAGACAACAAUACAUUCUACCUAACUGCCUACACCCUAACGCGGGAUACACAGAUUUUCCCCUACUUGAGAACAUGGGAAGAUCAUGGCUUCUACUGCACCCAGAAGUACCACUGGUGUCCGACUGGAGGUCAAGAAAAUUGUUUCAUCCUGCAUCGUGCUGGCUACUUCAAUGUUUCCUACUGUCAAAUAAACAACCGCUACAUCUGUCAGAGACCAGCGAUGUGUCCCCCUGGCUACACGCUCUACAAGUCUCGCUGCUACAAACUACUGACGCCCAGUGCCACCAACACCACCUUCCUCAAUGCCCUCGACCAUUGCAACUACGACGGCUCCGCCCUCGCUUAUCCUCAGAACCUUGACGCACUUAACUUCCUCAAAAUAUUUGCUAAGCAAGAGGUGAAUUGGAGCUCUCAGGCAUCGGUGAACAUCGCUGUAGGCUACACAAACCUCUGGGAUGACCUGACGGUGGCUAAGAUCUACACCCCUGAUGCGGACAUUACAGCACUUGUGCAGAACUUGAACCGUGCUCAAGACUUUAACUACACUUACCUCAGUGUGAACAACAGUGGCCAGGGGGGCCUCACUCCAGCCAACGUUAACUCCACUGUCACCUAUGCCCUCUGCGAGUUCCGUGGUCCUUUAGGGUGCUGGGAGUGGUAUCCCCCGUACGAAAACAUGUCAGUGAGAGGCAUACUCGGUGGUAGCAUUAUAAAUCAGACCUUGGAAUACAGCUGCUGGCCCGGAUUCUUCGUGAAUGCUGAUGUGGGCAACAAGACCAAGCAGUACCUUUGGUGCCAUGGUCAGCUAGGUGGCUGGUUCCCAAGACAUCCACCCCUCAUACCUUGUAUUGGUGUAGAUGUUUGCAAUGAGACGCUUCCGCCAAUACCACCGAACAUGACGCAGCAUUUAGGAGAUCACCCGCGCUACGAGACCUACAGCGUCUCUUACUCCUGCCAAAGUGAUGACAUGACCAACAUGGAUGGGGAGCACACACAGGUCCUCACUUGCACGGAAUACAAUGGCACCUACGCCUACGACAGAACCAAUGUUACUGUGUGUAAUAGGUGUUUUAAAGCUCCGUCUCUGAGUUUCGCUAAUACGACCUUCGCAUCUAAGACAGUGUGGGUUAUCGGAGACCAAGCCAAUGCCACCUGCGACCCUAGUUACCAGGUGGCCCACAAUGUUACCCAACAGCUGGUCAACUGCACCAUUUCGGGCUGGCAGAUGCUGCCAUGUCAAAGAGUGUGUCUGGAGGUGCCAAAUGUGACUAAUGCAACAACCAAUUGGGUGGACGACAUGUGGACAGUUAACGAAAACGUUACAGCAAACUGCCUUGGAAAUCUCUACUUCCCUAAACUCAAUUCUCAGACACGUCCAGUCUAUUGUACACAGAACGGCUGGGACAACACCCCAAUCUGCAUGCAAGUAUGCCUGAGAAACCCAGUGGUGCAGAAUGCCACAGUGGACCUGCAAAACGUAAUGUGGGCGGUGGGGGAGGCCCCAACCGCCACCUGCUCUCAACAUUACAUGUUCCUGCCAGAGGCUACCAAGACCCAACCCAUCAUGUGUACCAGCCAGGGGUGGCAGAACAGGACUGGCUGUGUCCCAGUGUGCGAUCAGCCGCCGAGCGUGUCGAAUGCCAUCACAGCUUGGACGUCAUCCAGUGUGUAUCCAGUAGGAUCUACAGUGAACGGCUCCUGCAACUCCGGUGCCGUAAUCAUGCCCAGCGGCAAUCAGCAGUUCACCAUCCAGUGCACCAGCAAUGGCUGGACCACAAAUUCCUGCCAGAAAGUAUGCUCUCUCGAGCCUCAAGUUGUCAACGCCACCACUAACUGGACAAAUGGUUUAUGGCCCGUGGGGUCCGCUGUCAAUGCCACCUGCCUUGGCAACCUCACCUUCAUUACAGUCCGUUCCUCAUCCCGUCUCGUGUCUUGCACCUCCACCGGCUGGCAAAACACUCCGUCCUGCGAUGAACUCAAGCCGAGCCUCCUAUGCAAUGUGGAGCCCAAGGUCGAUAACGCCACCACCAGCUGGGAGAACAGGACAUGGGGAGUGGGCAACAUCAUCACUGCCACCUGCAGUUUCCCUCUAUACUACUUCAAUGACUCCACUCAACAGCACCAGCUAGAGUGUACCAAAGACGGCUGGGAGAACAUCACCGGCUGCAGUAAAUUGGCGAGUGUAAACUGUAGACAGGAGCCCGAAGUGAAUAACACCAACAGCACAUGGGUGGACAGAGACUGGUAUGUGGGAGAGAACGUCACUGUUACUUGCAUUCCAGACCACUGGUUCAUCUCUGAGGACACUGACCAUCUCCAGGUGAAUUGCACGUGGGACGGCUGGACCAACCUCACUGGCUGUGAAAAAGUCAACAUAGGCAAGCAGUGCAGUGUGGUGCCUCUGGUGGAGAAUGCCACCACCACCUGGAGGAAUCGAACGUGGUUUGUUGGGGACAAUGUGACGGCCACUUGCUUGCCUGGAUUUAUCUUUGUGGCAAACAACGCCUCACAGAGCCCCGUCACCUGCACUGCCCAGGGUUGGCAGAACCUAACCGGAUGUCAGAUAGUGUGUGAGGAGGAGCCGAGCGUGGAAGGAGCCAUGACUGACUGGUCAUCCACUGUGGUGUGGCCGCUGGGAGCUACGGUCAACGCCACCUGUCUCCAGGGUCACUACAUCUUACCCGAAGGCAAUCUCACCCAGACAGUGGAGUGUACGAGCCAAGGCUGGCAGAACAUGACGCGCUGUGAACCUGGUUGUGCUGAGGAGCUGGCACUCAAGGCAGCCAAUGGGUCCGCCAUCUGGAAGAGGGAGGUGAGGGUAUGGUGGUUGGAUGAGAACCUCACAGCUUCCUGCAGUGACCAGUACCUCACACACGAUGGCACCAACACCACUAACUUCACCUGUACGCCAACUGGCUGGCUUAUUCUCGCGCCCUGUCUCAGAGUGUGUGAAGGAAAGCCAAGUGUUGACAACGGCAGCACCACCUGGGUACCAGGAUUGUGGCUUGAGGGCCAGGAGGUAAUGGCUCACUGUAACCCUCAAUACCGCUUCCAAAACCAGACCAGCUCCCUCACUCUUGCCUGCACCAACACCGGCUGGCAGAACAUCACUGGCUGCACCUUCUUUUUCACAUGUCUAAUGAUCCCAUGAUAAAACUCCUUACUAUGGAAGUCUUCUCUGGUGACAACGAAACCUUUCUCCUGGUCCUUUCACUAUCUUUCUUUACUCUGUUUUCCACCUUGUCUUGGGAGUCUUGGAAGGAAUGAAGGAACGUAUGGUGUGAAGAUGUAUAUGCUGGCUUGAAUGAUCAUUUCUUGGACUGCAUGCUGAUGUUGUGAAUGUGUGUUGGUGUGGAAGACUGUGAAUACUGGCUAAUGUAAAUAUUUUUUUGUAAGAGUUUGUAAUGAAAUGUUUAUUUGUA